GGGGAAUGGCUGGGGUUGGCUGAAGAGCGCACAGUGGAGUUUUAAUGUCCGCCAUGUUGGCCAUGGCGUAUUGAAGAGAGCGAGCGAGAGAGGAGCGGAGCGGCACAGCCUCCCACCCUCCCGGCUGGUGUUAGUGCCCGGACGGCGGGCUCUGCGCUCCGCCCCUCAAGUCCCCGGCAGCGGUAGGCGAGUGGGGACCGAACCCCCUGUUCUCCAUGAUCCCGCUGGCCGGGGCCGUUUCCCCAGAGCGGAGAGGUAUCUGCUGCGCCUGAGAUGAGUAAACUGUCGUUUCGGGCGCGGGCGCUAGACGCCUCGAAGCCGCUGCCGGUUUUCCGCUGUGAGGAUCUGCCCGACCUGCACGAAUACGCCUCGAUAAACCGGGCCGUGCCGCAGAUGCCCACCGGAAUGGAGAAGGAAGAGGAGUCGGAACAUCAUCUUCAGCGGGCUAUUUCAGCACAGCAAGUGUAUGGAGAGAAGAGGGAUAAUAUGGUUAUACCAGUCCCAGAGGCAGAAAGUAAUAUUGCUUACUAUGAGUCUAUAUAUCCUGGGGAAUUUAAGAUGCCAAAGCAGCUCAUUCACAUACAGCCUUUUAGUUUGGAUGCUGAACAGCCUGAUUAUGAUUUGGAUUCUGAAGAUGAAGUAUUUGUGAAUAAACUGAAAAAGAAAAUGGACAUCUGCCCAUUGCAAUUUGAGGAGAUGAUUGACCGUCUAGAAAAAGGCAGUGGUCAGCAGCCAGUCAGUCUGCAGGAAGCCAAACUACUGCUAAAAGAAGAUGAUGAAUUAAUUAGAGAAGUUUAUGAGUACUGGAUUAAAAAGAGAAAAAACUGUCGAGGGCCAUCUCUUAUCCCAUCAGUAAAACAAGAGAAGCGAGAUGGUUCCAGCACAAAUGAUCCUUACGUGGCUUUUAGAAGACGUACUGAAAAAAUGCAGACUCGAAAACAAGAUAAAGCCGAUCUUAUCCGACCGAAACGGAAAUAUGAAAAGAAGCCCAAAGUCUUACCAUCGUCUGCUGCUACUCCCCAACAGAUGAGUCCUGCUGCACUGCCAGUCUUUAAUGCUAAAGAUUUGAAUCAGUAUGACUUUCCCAGCUCAGACGAAGAACCUCUCUCCCAGGUUUUGUCUGGCUCUUCAGAAGCUGAGGAAGAGAAUGAUCCUGAUGGUCCUUUUGCUUUCCGUAGGAAAGCAGGCUGUCAGUACUACGCUCCUCACUUAGACCAAACUGGCAACUGGCCUUGGACUAGUCCUGAAGAUGGAGGAUUAGGUGAUGUGCGAUAUAGAUACUGCUUAACUACUCUCACCGUACCCCAAAGGUGUAUUGGAUUUGCACGAAGACGGGUUGGGCGCGGUGGAAGGGUCUUACUGGACAGAGCCCAUUCCGACUGUGACAGCAUGCUUCGCCAUCUGGAUUUGGACGUGCUUUCCUCCCCACGGCACUCUCCAGGCAGUCAGUCUGCCAAUACCUCAGAAACAAAUACCUCGGACAAAACUUUCUCUAAAGACCUCAGUCAGAUACUAGUCAAUAUUAAAUCACGUAGAUGGCGGCAUUUUAGGCCUCGGACACCAUCCCUGCAUGACAGUGACAAUGAUGAACUCUCCUGUAGAAAAUUAUAUAGGAGUAUAAAUCGAACAGGAACAGCACAACCUGGGACCCAGACAUGCAGUACCUCUACGCAAAGUAAAAGUAGCAGUGGCUCAGCACACUUUGCAUUUACAGCCGAACAAUACCAGCAACAUCAACAGCAACUGGCACUAAUGCAGAAACAGCAGCUUGCGCAAAUUCAGCAACAGCAAGCAAAUAGUAAUUCCUCCACCAACACUUCACAGAACCUUCCAUCUAACCAGCAGAAAAGUGGCUUUCGCCUGAAUAUACAGGGUUUAGAAAGAACAUUACAGGGUUUUGUUUCUAAGACUCUGGAUUCUGCUAGUGCUCAGUUUGCUGCUUCUGCUUUGGUAACAUCAGAACAACUGAUGGGUUUCAAGAUGAAGGAUGACGUGGUGCUUGGAAUUGGGGUGAAUGGCGUCCUUCCAGCCUCAGGAGUGUACAAGGGCUUACACCUCAGCAGUGCGACACCCACAGCACUGGCACACACGAGUCCGUCAACACCAGGCUCAGCUUCGUUACAGCCUUCGAAUAUCACACAGACUUCCGGUUCCCACAGUGCACUGAGUCAUCAAGUAACUGCUGCCAAUUCUGCAACAACUCAGGUUCUGAUUGGGAACAACAUUCGGUUAACUGUACCUUCGUCAGUUGCCGCCGUAAACUCUAUCGCCCCAAUAAGUGCACGACACAUACCUAGGACUUUGAGUGCUGUUCCGUCGUCUGCCUUAAAGCUGGCUGCCGCGGCAAACUGUCAGGUUUCCAAGGUUCCACCUUCAUCCUCUGUAGAUUCAGUUCCAAGGGAAAAUCAUGAAUCAGAAAAGCCAGCACUGAACAACAUAGCAGACAACACAGUAGCGAUGGAGGUGACGUAGCUUCCUCGGGGGUGGACCUGCGGCCCGGGGACUCGAUUCGGUGCUAUGCAUCAGUAGCAUUUGAACGCAAGGGAUGAUGGAACGCAGCACAUGCGUUUCUGCGGCAGCUGUGGGGACUCGACAGCAGUGCUCAUCUCUCAUGCUUCAAUUUUUCUUUUCUUACUGUUAAUAGGAAAAAAUCAACAUCUGUAAAUUAAGAAUACAGCAAUUAUCUGUACAGUACCGCAUAUUUGUAAUACCCCUGUAUAUAUGUUACUUGAAUACAGACAAUGUUCAUUUGUGAUGCUUUGCACUUGGGGGUGGGGGGCGGGAGGGAAAUAAACCGCAACAAAGAGUGUGAGACGUGAGACUGUACAGCGAUGAAGUGUCAUCAUGUGCAUGGUGCGGAACCUGCUGUUUUAUCUAUUUAUUGUGCCGUGUUUACAGUUUUUUGUACACUGUACCUUCAUUGGUUCCUGUGCUGUAGUAAAUGUGUUAGGUAGCUGUGGACUCCUUGGUAUUUUGUAAAUGGUAUAACAUAACUUGGUUCCCCUCUGGGUCCUUGAGUUUUCUGUGUAUCAUGUGAAAAAAAUGGUGACAUACAUACAGAAUUUUACAAAAAAAAGGCAUCAGUUUUUUAAAAAACGGGGAAUGUACUGUUCAAUGGGGAUCUUCCUGGUCUACUGUCAUUAGGACAAGUAACAAGCUAAAAAUGAAGUCUCUUGAAUCCUCCCACCCCCAGCUUGCCCGCGGCCGCGGCGGGUUCUGGUACUUACCCACUAAUGUCACGUGGCUGCUCCACAGCCAGCCGGUAGCCCCACCUCCUCCCACACCGGAAAGUGUGAAAUCAAGUAUGCAAACGGAGUCCUUACAACUGGAGUUUAUGUUGUCUUGCCCUUUUUUUAGCACAAAAAAUUGUACUUUUUUAUUGUCAAAUUGUUUGGAAGACUUCAUUCUUUACUUGUUCUUACAAAAGGAUAUGAGGGAGAAGAAUGCAGUAAUUGCUGUACGUGUAUCAUCAUUCCAGUUUCUAGAAACAGCCAGCGUUUUUCCUUUUGAGAUUCUCCAGAAGGCUGCAAGGCCAGAGCCACAAAUACCGGGUGCCUUCCUCUGGGAACGUCUGACCUCUCUUCUGUGAAGAGGACGGCGCUGACGGGCGGCCGCGAGGGUUCGUCAGCGCCGAAGUCCGAAUGCCCAGCCCAAUGGCAUACGUUGUCCUUAAGGUUUUUAUCCCACCUGGAAAAAUUGUGAUAGAAUUCUCACAAAAUAAACCCAGGGCAUUACAUGUUGACAAACUAA